UUAGUUAAUGUGGCACUUGUGAUGCAAAGAUGAUACAGAACAUAACAUAUCAGCCGCCAGGACUUGAGUGAUGAAACGCUUCAGCAUUUUUAAAACUUUAAACUUCUGAACGCAAUUUACACAUCCGAAAACUCUUUUGUUACUAGUAAAGAAGUUAGUUACUUAGUUGCUAGUAACAAGUAACUAAUUUCGUUACUUCAUUACUUUCGUUACUCCGGCAGAAACUAACGAAAUUAGUUACUCAGUUACGUAGCAAAUCACGGCAUCAGCUUUUAAUUUCAUUUUUAUUCAACAUCUGCAAGAAAAAUUCAAAUAACGAAGAAUUUGCGUGUAUGUGGCGAUUGUCAUGAUAGCCACAAAACGAAUAUAAAAAAUUAGACAAUAUGAAAUAAUUGUUCGUGAUAGAACUCGUAUUCAUCAUUUCAAAGAUGGUUAGAGUAAACUGGGACAAUUGGAAACGAUUUUAUACUCUUUGAACUUCUAAUUAGUAUAACUUUGUAAAUUUUAAUUAUUUUUUUCAGAUUUUUUUACGCGUAGGUAGAGGAAGAAACUCCUAGCUUUCCAGCUAUUUUACAUGGUCGUUUCCAAUCAGCCCACUAACUUUCACGUACGUUUCCAAUUGCCCCAAAUGGGAUAAUCGGAAACAUUUGAAAAUUUAUCAGCGUUUACCUCUUCAAUUAGAGCUCAGGCUAAUUAAUGAGUAGACCUUGCAGAUUCUCACCAUUUGUAGAGCAAUAAUUGGUCUAUUCACCCGCUGUUUCCAAUUUCCCUAAGUGGGGUAAUUGGAAAUGUUCGUUAGAGCUUUCAGCAAAACACCGGGAAGUUCGCUUGGGACACGGAAUUUUUGAAAAUUUUUAGAUAGGCUUAUAGAGAACUUCCUCCUCUACCUACCCGUAAAAAAAUCUCAAAAAAAUAAUUAAAAUUUACAAAGUUAUACUAAUUAGAAGUCCAAAGAGCAUAAAAUCGUUUCCAAUUGCCCGAGUUUACUCUACAGGUGCUUUAUUAUUAUCAGUAUUAAAAUUAUCUAAGGGUAUUCAAAAAUGGACCUAUAAAGAAUCAAAACAUACGUUUCUUAUACCACCAGAAUUAAUAUCAACACAAUCACAGUCAUCUAAUAAUGAAAAAACCAGAGUUACUGUGCCAAUUGAUUUUUGUAUUAAUCGUAUUAAUUUAAUACGUAAACAACAAGUGGAAAAAAUAUAUCAAGAACGUAGACAAAUGAUAUUACAAGCUAAAAUUAUUCGACAGUCAUAUGAUUAUGGAUGGACAAUUGGAAAUGAUAUUGAAUUAAAAAACGGUGCAUUUCGUGUUGUUGCACGACGUCAGUAUGGACAACGUAAUGAUACAAUACGAACUGGUUUUCAAAGUAAUAUUUUAGAACUUUUUCAAAUAUUUUAG